AUGAAUUCUCCAACACAAGUUAUCGACCCGGAUGGUGAACUCGUGAUUGUACUGCGCAAUUUCGAUAAACCUUUUGCAGAGGAGACGAAAUAUCUUGGCGUAAAUAUGGUCGCUCUGGAUUCAUUGAUCGAGAAGUUGGAGAACUGGAGCAGCCCGACAACUAAUGUGAAUCCAAUUGCAGAUCUGGCUGGAAAGGCCUAUCGCAUCCAGGUAUCCGCAAAGCAUCUAGCGCUCGCCUCAUCUUACUUCAAGACUCUGCUAGGUGGUAGCUGGAAGGAAACCACAACUCCCUUCCCAUCCGGGUUCAUUGAAAUCGCUGCGAACGGUUGGGGCAUCGACGCACUAUUGAUUCUUCUCAGGAUUGUACAUUUCACAGUCUUGGCAGACUACUACCAGUGUAAGGAGGCUUUGGGGUUCUUCUCGCAGACAUGGAUUGCGGAACUAGACCAACAGCUACCGACCACCUAUGGUCGGGACUUGAUAUUAUGGCUAUGGGUCUCGUGGUUCUUUGGUUUAAGCGAACAGUUCCUCCAACUCAUCUCUACGGCAAUGUCGACAUGCGACCAUCAGAUUUGCAGCCGCGGGCUACCGAUCUCUGGCAAAAUUCUUGAUGAGAGAUCUGAUCUCAUAAACCAGGGAAGAGAACAGGCCAUAGGCAAUAUAAUCGACCGACUUUUCGACUACCGAGCCCAGUUCCUCAGCGGUUCUGCGGGAUGCCACUUUGAAUGCAGCUCAAUCAUGUAUGGGACACUCAGUAAAGCGAUGGAGUCACACCAUCUGCUUUCACUGAGGCCCGUGGCUCCUUACCGGAGGUUGGGUCUUCAUCAGCUUGUGAAGAAUGUGAAGGCCUUCAAAUCCCCAGAGUGGUGCACCCGCCCCGCCCCCUACUAUCAUAAUAUUCAUCAAUGCGCCCAUUCCUCCUUCGCGUCCCUCUUUGGCGAGCUGAACGGUUGUGUUGCUGGUCUGGAACUAUCCAAACUGGCAGGCACACCUCCCAGCCUUGAAGUCUGA